UUAUUUUAUUACUUCACGACAGCAUCAAACACAUCGGAGACGCUGAGCAAGAUAAUGCCUACUUGUGAAAACUCAAACAUUACUUUGGACCAAACAUCAGAUUCUGUUGAACUUGUUCUCUCUGCAUCACGUUACAUCUUGGUCAUCAUUGGAAUCUUUGCCAACUUAACCGUGAUCAUUGUGUUUAUCAACUGCAAAACUUAUAAAAAGUGCUUCACUUAUCUCUUAGUAUUCCAACAGGCAUGUAUUGAUUUGAUGGGAUGCUGCCUGUACCUCAUUUUCUACAACUAUCGUGUACCUGACGGUGAAAAUGGCAUUGUUUAUUGCAAAUGCAGAACUGUGUUCUGGGUAUUUGCAUCGGCCUCAAUCUUCAAUCUUGUCUAUAUAUCUGUAGAGAGGUACAUCGCAGUUGUGCAUCCAUUGAAGUAUUGGAUAAGAGAAAAAAGAAAGACUAAAACGGUCUUUAAGCUGUGUGUUCCGUGGUUAGUCGCCAUACUUGUAAUAUUUCAGUUGGCCAUUCAUUUUGUCCCUGAUACUUUAAGUCCAGGUAAUUGCAGGUUUUGUUACAGCAGCGAAACCGUGCGGGUAAUCUCCGGUGGCUCGAUUUUCCUAUUGAAUUAUAUAAUUCCCGUUGUUGUUAUGACAUUUUGCUACCGUCGUGUUUACGUCACGAUGCAGAAACGUCCUGAGGUACGAAAACAUUUGCGCAAUAAUUCUAGCUCUGCACAGACCGACCGCUCAGAUGACAACGAAACAGGGGACAAGGACUUCAAAGUAGAAAAUCCGAAACAAAAAUUUACUCACUAUAGUAAGAAUCAAACUAAUUUCAUAAUAACUAUGGCAGUUACUACGCUCGUGUUUGCUAUCAGCAUCUCACCACUUUUAAUAUUGUAUGUCGUUUAUAUUCUGUGCGACUGUUUUGAUUACGACAGACAUCCUUUAAGACAAGCGACACACAUAUCGUUCGUAUGGGGUCUAGUUGCUAACCCGUUUGUAUAUGCAUUUAAA